AUGAAAUACUCUACAGCAACCAUUCUCCUUGCCUACUUUGGCCUAACAUCGGCUGUGCCGUAUCAGAAGCGAGAGGUUCCCCAGGAGCAUUCUCAUCAAGCAGUACUUGAUCAAGUCGCGGUUAGUUUGAAACUUGACAAUCCAGAUAAGAUUCAGGACUCGGUGUUUGGACUACUUGGCGAUACAGCAGCUGCCAAAGGAGCAGGUAACAUCAAAAACUUGGAUUGUCUUCAGCGAGCAAUUGCGGAUCAGGCCUUCACCAACGAGAAAAAGGCAGGAAAUGUCGACGGCAUGGCUAACGCUUUGAUUUUUGCCGCUCUUGAAAAGAAUACCGGAGCAGUAGGUAAAGCUAGCAACACCUGUACCGACAAAGCCGUCAACCCAGAGAUUGAUGCCAUCAGUCAACAUCAGGAUCCGGCUGGGGAAGGAGCAGCAGCAGCCAACAAGAAGACAGUUCUUGAUCUAGCAGUGCAGCUCGAAAGUAUUGGAGCUGAUCCUCAGCUUGCAGCUACAUCAGCGACUUUUGCGCCCGGAAAGCUUGGCGAUACAACUGGCGCAGGAAACACGUGUGACGAUCUUGACGACAAGAAAGGAUGCAUCUUCACCAAGAAGUUGAUCCAAGUUGAAGCUACCCCGGAAGAAAUUGACGCCGCUGUCAAAGGAGGCGGUGCAAAGGGUGCUAGCAGUGCAGCCAGUACAGCAGAUUCAAAGGCCAAAGACAAGGCAUCAGACAAGGGCAAAGCAUCUGGUAAAGACGACAAAACCGACGGAGCUUCCGAAGCUGAAGCCGCUGAUGCUACCGACGCAAAGGCAUCUGGAAAAGGUGAAAAAGCUUCAGACAAGGGCAAAGCAUCAGGAAAAGACGCCAAGACCGAGAGCAAUGCCGCAGAUGCUGAAUCUGCUGAAGUUUGUGAAAAAAAAGCAUCAGGUAAAUCUGCCAAAGCUGAGGAAGAGGCAGAGGCUGCUGAUGCUGGCGAUGCUGCAGACGAGAAGGCGUCUGGAAAAGGCGACAAAGCUGAGGGCAAUGCCGAUGCUGCGAAAACCGCCGAUGCCAGCGAUGCUGCAGACGCAAAGGCAUCUGGAAAAGGCGACAAAGCUUCAGAUAAGGGCAAAGCAUCAGGAAAAGAUGCCAAAGCUGAUGGAGAUGCCGGAGCUGCCGAAGCUGAAGCCGUUGAUGCUGGUGCCGGUGGAGACUUAGGCUCUUGCGGUACUCCCACUGUUGAAUUCGGCGUGGGCCUUGGAGGACGUCAGGAACCCGCUUUCCAAGCCACCAACCAAAAAGACUUCAAUCAUGGUGCAGCUCUCAAUAUCAAAGUCAUCUCUGACUUCAUUUGCCAAAAGCUACAGGAUAGUUGCAAGGCUUCCGCAGAUACUGUUGAGAAUUGCAACAAGGCCUCAUUAGCUGCUCAAAAGGAGAAGGGACAGAAAUCAGCCGAUGUUUUUAAUGCAGGCGUGACUGGAAAAGCUUAA